ACAAAUAUUGUGGAAGUAUUAAAUUAGGUAGCGUUCACCAAAGAUUGUUUUUUUUAGAGUUUUUUUGUUCAAUGAAGUACUUUUUGCAUGGGUACUAACUCAUUCACUACCCCGUACAUACUUCUCCAUCCAUUAUUAAAUAUCUACUAAUUAGUUGAAACCUUAAACCCACUACUCUCUCUCUCUCUCUCUCUCUCUCUCUCUCUCUCUCUCUCUCUCUCUCUCUCUCAUCAGAUCAUAUGAGUAAUACUGCUUGUAAAGUAUCGGUAGUUUCUGCAGUUCUUGCAGUUACAAUAUCACUUCUCACACAUGAUUCAAACGCUGAACACAAAGACGAUAAUACGAAAUGCGAUUUAUACAAAGGGAGUUGGGUUUUCGACAAAUCGUAUCCGCUUUACGACUCUGCGAAAUGUCCACUCAUUCUUCAACAGUUUAACUGCCCCGGAAAUGGACGCCCCGACCUCCGUUACCAGAAGUACAGAUGGCAGCCCAACAACUGCAACUUAACUAGGUGGGAUGAGAGAGAGUUUGGUAGAAAAAUGAGAGGGAAGCGCAUAAUGUUCGUGGGAGACUCACUAAGCAUGAAUCAAUGGCAAUCUUUAGCCUGCAUGAUUCUUUCUUCUUACCCACGUUCUCCUUACCACCCUACUAAUACGCCCCCUUUAUCCACCAUUUUCUUUCCGGAAUUGAAUGUUACGUUGAUGUACAUGCGGAAUGCAUUGAUCGUGGACUUAGAGAUACAGAAAACACACAAAGUGCUGAAACUCGACUCCAUUAAUUCUGCAACUGCAAAUCAAUGGCUCCAAACGGACGUCUUGAUCUUCGACACGUGGCACUGGUGGCUUCACACCGGACGAAAGCAACCAUGGGAUUUGAUCCAAGAUGGAAAAAUAAUGAGGAAAGAAAUGGAUAGGUUGAAGGCUUACGAGAGAGGAUUGAUGACGUGGACAAAAUGGAUAAACAAAAAUUUGGAUGCAAACAGAGUUAAGGUGUUUUUUCAGGGUGUUUCUCCUGAUCAUUGGAAUGCGAGCGAUUGGGGUAUGCCGGAGACACAACGGUGUGGAGGAGAAGAGGAGCCGCUGAAGCAGGCGGCGACGGUGGAGGGCGAAGUGAUUAAUUACAGGUCUGCAGACUUCAUAUUAAAAAAAGUGUUGAAGAGGCUAAAGAAACCGGUUCAUUUAUUAGAUAUUGAGGAAUUGUCAAAAUUUAGGGUUGAUGGGCACCCUUCAAUUUAUGGGAACCCUAAGAAAAUUGGAAUGGAUUGCACACAUUGGUGCUUGCCUGGGGUACCCGAUACCUGGAAUCAACUCCUUUACGCUACUCUUCUUACAUUUUAAUUUUAUUUUAAUCUGUUAAUGGAUUUAAUUUCCUCAAAUUGAAUGCACAAUUAGGUGUUUAUAUUGUGUUUUUU